AGCAGCCACUCAUAACGUACUGGGCGAGAGAGGCUUCGCGUUGAACAGAAAGUUCUUCGGAUUACUGUCGAUCUCGUUGGCUUGUUAUUAAUCGAAUAUGACCAGAAAAAUCUUAUAUUAAAUUAUAACACACGUUAUCUAAUUUCAAACUCCAUAUCGGAUCAUUUACUAUUGAAACAUUUUCGUGCCGUUUGUCGACGUAAAAUCAUACUUUGCGAAAGAGUUGGGCGUGAAGCUUCGGGUGGCUCCUUCCUUUGAACAACUUGUGCAUGUUUUAUUUUUGAAUUUUAAAUCGUUUAAAGUAAGACACGCCUAAAAUGGGGUGCACAUUGAGCUCAGAGGAUAAAGUGGCACAGGAAAGGAGUAAAAUGAUUGACAGAAAUUUGCGGGACGAUGGAGAAAAAGCUGCAAGGGAGGUCAAGCUACUACUUCUCGGUGCUGGGGAGUCUGGGAAGAGUACAAUUGUCAAACAGAUGAAGAUCAUUCACGAGGCAGGCUACUCCGAGGAAGAGUGCAAGCAGUACAAGGCUGUGGUCUACAGCAACACCAUCCAGUCCAUCAUCGCCAUCAUCAGGGCUAUGGGCCGCCUUAAGAUUGACUUCUCUGACCCUGCUCGUGCUGACGAUGCAAGGCAGCUCUUUGUGCUGGCUGGCUCUGCUGAGGAAGGCUACAUGACCACAGAACUCUCUGGCAUCAUCCAUCGCUUGUGGAAGGAUGGGGGCGUGCAAGCCUGCUUCAGCCGCUCCAGGGAGUACCAGCUCAAUGACUCUGCUUCCUACUACCUCAAUGAUCUGGAUAGGAUAUCGAGUGCAACCUAUGUUCCCACGCAGCAGGAUGUGCUGAGGACCAGGGUGAAGACCACUGGUAUUGUGGAGAGCCACUUCACUUUCAAGGACCUCCGUUUUAAGAUGUUUGAUGUGGGUGGCCAGAGAUCGGAAAGAAAGAAGUGGAUCCACUGCUUCGAAGGGGUGACUGCCAUUAUCUUCUGUGUCUCUCUGAGUGAUUAUGACCUAGUGCUGGCUGAGGAUGAGGAAAUGAACCGCAUGCAUGAGAGCAUGAAGCUGUUUGACAGCAUCUGCAACAACAAGUGGUUCACGGAGACCUCCAUCAUCCUUUUCCUUAAUAAAAAGGACCUGUUUGAGGAGAAGAUCAGGAGAAGCCCUCUCACCAUUUGUUACCCUGAGUAUGCCGGCUCCAACACAUUUGAGAAUGCGGCAGCUUAUAUCCAAAGUCAGUUUGAGGACCUGAAUAAGAGGAAGGACACCAAGGAGAUAUAUACUCACUUUACCUGCGCCACAGACACCAAGAAUGUGCAGUUUGUCUUUGACGCUGUCACUGAUGUCAUCAUCAAGAACAACCUGAAGGACUGUGGGCUGUUCUAGAGUGACUCAACGCAUGGUGAGAUGAGCAGGACGACGUGAAACAUUGGGCAAAGUAGAGUUGGAGCGAGGUCAACCAAGAACACAAUGUAGUGUGCGUUACGUAAACAUUCUAUUUAUGUUUUCGGAACAUUUUAUGUGAUGUUUUAGGAAAAGAAACCCUUUGUGUAAAAUAUUUGUACAACUGUAAUUGUUGCUGGAAUUUUUCACUGUUUUUGAAAUAAUUUACAGGUCAUUUUUUUGACACCUAUUUUUUCACUCUAAAGGUUUGUGGGAGCAGCUGUUUUUUCCUCUCUCUGUACUCUAGAUAUGAAGGUACAUGUGCCUUGCAUGUUUGCGGUUAAAGUUGCAGUGCUUUUGUCAUCCAAGUUACAAAACGUAGAUGUAGUUAUUAAUAAUCACUCAUCUAACAAGAGCAUGGUUUCUGGUGGGCACAACCCUGAUUGCAAAAGACAGUUCUUCUGUAAAAUUAUAUGUUGACAUUCAAAUGUAUGUGUGACCCCUGACUGAUUAGAAUGGGUUAGCGAGAAUCCUAUCAAUGCAAUGGGCUCUUCCAGAACAGUUAACAUUACAUAGAAUUUGCAUGGAUGUGGUGAAGAUGGAGUGUAGUUGGUAUGAUGACCAAUGUCCGAGAUACCCAUUCAGAACGAAAAUAGCUAGAGGUUGUUGGAAUGAGGAAGUAGUUUGUGAUGGUAAACAUGAAGAGCAAUUAUAAUGACUUUGAAAACCAGAAAGAGAUUCUACAUGGAGAGGGGCAUUUAUUGAUCAAAAGGAGCCUUUUUUUUUUUUUUUAAAGGGACCAAAGGGUUUUAAUCAAAUGCAGCUUCUGCAGUAAACAAGUACCAAUGUAAUUUUCAUGUCAGUUCAUUGCAGAUUAUUUAACUGCCUGUACAUGUUAAAUUUGUCCAAAGUUUAACAUGCUAGACAUUGUCUCGGACAGUUAAUCAUGAUGAAUUAGUUUUAUGUAUUAUGUCCUCUCUCUGUUCUCAUUGGUUGGGAACAAUGACUAAUAUCCACUAUUUUGCUAAUAAAAUGUGCUGUGUAAGUCAUAGCAUCUUUUAAUAAAAGGUCAAGACUUG